CGCCUUACAGAAGAAGGAAGAGAUGCAGCCUUCAGUCGAGAGGAAGUAGAAGAGAAUCUCUCUGUGUGAGUUGCUCCUUGUUCUUGUUGGUUCUGCUCUGCUCACCGUCAUGCUGCUUCUCUUCAGCCUUCUGCUGGUCCUCACUGGACUCACAGGAACCCGGAGCUUAGUUACAGUCAGUGAGGUGUCAGCGAAGGCCGGAGGAUCCAUCUCCAUCCCGUGUCUGUACGAGCCACAGUACACAUCCAGUAUAAAAUACUUGUGUGUGGGUCCUGAGUGGCUGCUGUGCAAAUACGUCAUUGUAACACAGCAAACAUGGAAAUCUGAAAAGAGAUUUAUGAUCCAUGAUGACCAGAGCCGACAAGUUUUCACGGUGACCAUCACUGACCUGCAACCUCAGGAUGCGAGCUACUACUGGUGCGCUGUGGAGAGAAAAGAUCCCGACAUUAAACAGUUCUUUAAGCUCUCAGUCACUACAGGUGUGCCUGGACUUCAUGUUGAUAAUCAGGAGGUGAAAGGGUUCAUGGGAGAAGACCUGACCAUCAGCUGUUACUGCAGUAACACUGGAGAAAGCCAGUGGUGCAGGCUGGGAGGACCCUGUGUAAAGGGGUCGGCUGGAGAAAUCGAUUCAACCUCAGUGAUCAUCAAUAACAACCACGAUGGCGUUUUCACUGUGACGAUGAAGAGGCUGAGGACCGAGAGCAGCGGCUGGUAUUUCUGCGCCAGCGAAGGUCUGCAGAUGCCUGUGCACGUGACUGUCGAGCACAGACCUCCGAUGACAACAAAAGUGUUAACCACCUUUUCACCCACUUCUGAAAGUGUGAGCCUCACCACUGUGUCUGCAACAAGUCAGGUUCCCACAACGGUACAACAUGGUGGCAACAGUGCCUCAGGGGUGACCAUCACCAUCAUCACCAUCAUCAUUAUUGUGAGUCUGAUCUUCAUCGCGAUGGUGAACGUCGUCAUCUUGCUCCGGUUGAAAAAGCGCAAGAAGAGCAGGACGCCACCGGCUACAACGGCAGCGGGGGAAAUAACGUACAGUGAGGUGAGAUACAAGAGGAAAAAACGCGACACGACAAUUAGAUCCCCUGCUGAGACGAAUGAAGAUGUCACGUAUAGCACAGUGGUUAUCAAGAAGAAGAAGAAGAAGAAAAAACCUCCACAGACGAUAACUGCCGAAAUGUGAAGACUGUGAUCUGAUUUGUCCAUUUUGGGUUCUUUAAUCUGUGCAUUCUGUUCUCCAUCAGAUUGACUCAGGAAACGACCGCACUGCAAGAAGCACCUGUCCACACGCUACCGCUCGCUUCCUCUCCGUUUUUUUUGCAUCUUUUGAUGCCCCCACUGCUUCUUUCUCUGAGUCUUAAAAUGGGUCAUCUGCCGUCUUUUAUUUUCCAUUUUGAGGUUGAUCCUGUUCCUCAGAGCUCUGUUUAGAACCAAAUAAAGGAUGCAGCUCGAGCGGCAGCAGGUUAGCAGCACGCGCGGUACAGGAAACCAACAGCUUUGAUGUUUUCUGUGUGUUGUGCGUGUGUGAGUGUGUGAUGCAUUCAGGUACAGUGGAGAUAUUGUGAGUCAUUGUGAAAAAGCUCAGCGAGGUCAGUGAGCAUGACUGUACAGAAAACCAAUACUGCCUCAGGACAUAAGAAACCACGGCCUUCAGUUCAUUUCUUCUCCUGUUCAACAGUAAUCAGACGAUCCGCUCACUCAAUAAAUGCUGCUCAACUUGAAGCUGAGCAUCACAAUGGCAAAGAAAGGUUCUAUUUGAAUUUACUUGGUACCAAAUACAAUACAGUCAUUUCAUGAUAUUUACAGCAACUUAAACUUUUAAGGAGGAUAGAGUCUCCUGCUGCUAAAUGUGAUUGCACCCUCUGCUGUUUAGUUGAAAACAAUACAAUGCUGUCAAGGGGAGAUAAAGGACCUCACACAAUUUGGAGGACAUUUGUUAGACUGUCUUGUUCUGAUUUUACCUUGGCUGUUUGUUUACAGAAGACUGUCUUAAUACGAGUAUAUGUUUCACCCAACAAAACAAGUUCAACAUCAAUUCACAAGACAUGUUCUAUUGUAAUAUUAUUAAAGAUAAAUGUCUCAUUAUAAAGUGUCCGAAAGGGUUAAUUUUUUUACUUCAGUGAUUUUCAACACUUGUAAUUGUAUUAUGAACUGUCAUCGAUUAUGUUUGCUAAUUUCAUGAAAACGCACUGUAAAUAAAGUUUUGAUCUCACAUUGGCUAAAGAAAUAGCCUGAAGAGUCACCAGUCGAGGCCUGUUCACAAUGCAUAGAUUCAUAUGUGAAUGACACAGCACAACAAGAGACACUUCAUGUUUAUAAAUCUACUCUG